CCUUCCUCCGGCACCACCAACACCACUACAGAUCGCCAUGUACCUCCGCGCAGUGCACGUCGAGCGCGAUGAGGAGGCGCUUCGGCAGCUCAUCCGCGACUUCCCGCUCGGCGUCCUGACCACGGCCAUCGACCUGCCCGACCACGACCUGCUGCAGCACACCCACGUGCCCUGGCUGCUGCAGCAGGCUGACUCGCCCAAUGCAGGCGCAGAUGCAGCGCCGCAGUACUGGCUCGAGGGCCACAUGGCGCGAGCCAAUCCGCACGUCAAGGCUCUGCUCGCCGCGCGUGCACAGGGCGGCAGCGUGCCGGCUCGCCAGGUCAGCGUCCUCUUCACGCACGCCGCCGAGUCGUACAUCACGCCCAAGUACUACACAACGACGAAGCCAGCCUCGGGCAAGGUGGUGCCGACGUGGAACUACGCGGCGGCGCAGGUCUCUGGCACGCUGGAGCUCGACGAGAGCCCAGCGUAUCUCCUCCGUCAGACGGCUGCGCUGACAGACAAGCACGAGGCGACGCAGGCGAGCCGCGACGGCAAGCCCGCCUGGACGGUCGACGAGGCGCCGGAAGAGUACAUUCGUGCACUGUGCAAGGCGAUCAUCGGCGUCCGGAUCCGAGUCGAGGCGUUGCAGGGCAAGUUCAAGAUGAACCAGGAGAUGCCGCUCGGCGACCGCGCCGGCGUCGUCGAGGGACUGCGUGCGAUUGGCAUGGGCGAGGUUGCAGAUGUGGUCCAGCAGCGCAGCGACCUGAAGGAGCGGGCAGCCUAAAGGCGUGUCCGACCCCUUCAGACGGCGCGCUCGGCGUCAAUGCGUGCGCAAGGCCGCGCAUGCUCGGGCAGCAGGCUGCCGUAGACCUGCAGGGACCGAGCAUCAGCGCAGGCCUCGGCGUCGUCGGCAUCGGACUUACGUGAAAGAAGUCGCGAUCAGGCGUAGCCACCUGGACAAGACCGAGCGCUGCAUCCGCGCGCAUCCUCAUGUCACCCAUGCCUGCGGCAGCCAUGUCGGCGCUGCCAGUGUACGGCGUUGAAUAGCCGCUGCCGCUGGACUGCGCUUCGUCGAUCGGAAUGCUGCCCCGCGUCGAAGCCGUCGCGCCGGCGUUGGAGAUGGUUGCCGCGCGCUGUCGCCCUUCCGCACCCCAGCGCUGCGGCGGCACGCGGAGCGAGUCGGACGAAGCGCAUUCCUCUACGCGCUCUUGCAGAGCGGUCAGAGCACGGUGACGGCGCGUCGAUGGGGUGCGAGUGCAAUGAGACACCUGAGCAAGUGA